CAGCCCCAGAGCCUUCCCUAAGGCGGUUGAGGAAACGGCGUCACAAGUGCCCGGAACGCUGAGCUUCCCAUAGUACUUAUUUCCCAGAGGAUACGUAUACUGUAUCUAUGUAAAAGAAAACAUGAGCAACGCUUUAACGUUUUCACUUCCACGACUAACCUCCCACCCACCCCCACCCCAUUUACAGAUAGGAAGAUUAACCCUCCAACAUUCCUCAGAAAAUAGGGACAUUCUACAGAUGUAGAAUAGUGUCCCUGUUUUCUGAGGAUUGGAGUCAGGAAACCCAACAUUGAUGUGGUGCACCACUAUAGUAGGAUAUAAACACACUAAAGUCCAAAUCGGGGCUUUGCAUUUGGCCUCUCUCCAGCUGCUUUUUAUGAGAAUCUGCUAGAGUGGAAAUUUUCGUUCCACUUCCAAGUUGUAGUUUCCCCAAUUCUGAGGAACGGAAAGUAGUUGGAGCCAUAGGACGCUAUGCCAAGAGAGGAGGGCAAACCUGAAUCUAUACUUCUUAAUAGAUUUUCUUGAGUAUAGGCCAGGCUGCAGCUUCACAGAUUACAAAAUAAGCACAUGGAAGGCAUUUAUUUGUUUUGCCAUUUAUGUGCAUGUGACAUUUAUACGUUUUUCAUUUUCUGUAUUCACUAGAUUGAGGAGCUAUGAUGUGUGCUGCAUGAAAAAAUACACCCAAAUUUGUGAUCUUUUGAUCUACAUGUGCCUAUAAAUAACUGCCUUCCAUUUGGGAUUUGUGUGAAGCUGGCAUAGGAGGGCUUUUCCAAGUCCAGUUGAAAUAUAUAAACCCCAAAUUCAAUGUGAAGUCAAGGGUGCAGUAGCAACUAACCUGAGAUAAGGGUGCUGUUCUCGGACAGAAGGAUGUCGGACCUCACUCUUUCCAAAGAGCUCCCUGAUGUGAGCCAAGCUGCGGCUGACUUGCCAGAUGCCUUUGAUUUAUCCCUGAACGAUGAUGCCAGCUCUCUGGGCUCCGACUCCGAGCUGAAUGGGAUGCCUCCAUAUCGCCAAGCUGAUCGCUAUGGCUUCAUCGGGGGCAGUAGCCUCCAGAAUGGCCUAGGGCAGCCCACAGUUGAGCUCAUCCGGCACCGUGAGACCAAGUGGCUGGAGAUGACAAGUCAUUGGGAGAAAACCAUGGCCCGGCGUUACAGAAAGGUGAAGCUGCUAUGCCGGAAGGGGAUCCCUUCAUCCUUACGUGUCCGCUGUUGGCCUCUGCUGUGUGGAGGACAAGCCAAAAUGAUGAGGAACCCCGGAAAGUACCAGGAGCUGCAGGAGAUACCUGGUGAUCCUCAAUGGGUGGAGACCAUCAGAAAGGACAUUCAUCGCCAGUUCCCUUUCCAUGAGAUGUUUCUGUCCCCUGAAGGGCCUGGGCAGCAAGGACUCCUGCAACUACUAAAAGCCUACACUGUAUAUCGGCCCCAGGAGGGUUACUGUCAGGCCCAGGGACCGCUGGGUGCUCUGCUGCUCAUGCACAUGCCUGCAGAGCAAGCCUUCUGGUGCCUGGUGCAGAUCUGCGACUGCUACCUGCCUGGCUACUACAGCCCCAAGAUGGAAGCGCUGUUGCUGGACAGCGAAGUGUUUGUUGCCCUUCUGCGCCGGGUGUGCCCCAAGGCGCUUAAGCACUUGCAGAAGCAUGGCGUGGGCCCUCUGCUCUACAUGCCAGAGUGGUUUCUGUGCCUCUUUACCCGCAGCCUGCCCUUUCCCACAGUGCUGAGGGUGUGGGAUGCCUUUCUCAGUGAGGGGAUCAAGGUGCUGUUUCGUGUGGGGAUGCUGUUGAUCCGCUUGGCCCUGGGCUCCUCAGAGAAACUACGUGACUGCGCAGGGGUGGUGGAGACCCUGGAGAAACUGCGCAGUAUCCCAGCUCACCUCCUGCAAGAAGACACAUUCAUGGCUGAGGUACAUGACGUGCCCAUCUCAGACCGUGAUCUGGAACGUGAAUGCAGAGCCCAACUGAAGAAGCUGCGCGCAUCUCGGCCUGACUUCCAGUACAGCCCAGAACUUCGGUUGUCUGGCUCAAAGGCCAUCUUUGAUGCACAGCAGCUGGAGUACACGCGGAACGACGAAGAGGAUCCUGGAAGCCACACCCAUACAUUUACCAUCCCCCAGAUCACGGUUGAUCCUCCUCCUCCAUCCCCCAAUGAGAAGAAGAAGCUGGAGAAGGCCUCUGAAGCACCAGGCCAGAAGAAAAUGAAGACGAGAAAGAAGCCGGACACACGAGGGAAGACCUUUCACUUCAUGCCACGUCCCACCAGCAGAACAGAGGGAAGGCUGGAGCCAGACGUUGUAGGAAGGAAGUCUUCCUUCUAUGUAGAUACAUGAUUCUGAACGUGGUUCUGAAGAGGUUCUGAACAGAGCUAGGCCUCUGCAGAGGAAACAAAAUUCAAGCCUCUAUCACGGCCCUGGUUUCAUUGUGCAUGUGAUCAUCUGUAGCACAUGAUGCCUUGAAGCCUGUGCUCAGUUUUUAAAAAGAAAGACUCAAAACUUCCUCAUUCAGGAGCCCUGCUCCUUAAGCCCUGAUGUGUGGCAGUGCAUGGAGGGAGAUUCCAUUCUUCCUACCCUUGGCGGCAGACAUUUUACCUACAGAUUUAGGAGGUGGGUAUUAUUUGGCUAAAAGGGGUAGUGGUUAGGGUUAGGGUAAUGUGGAUUUCAUUGAGGGGGCCCCCCUCUACCUUUCUCCUGGACGUAUGGAAACUGGCACUCACCUUAUAGCUAAUGAUAAAUCUAUGCCAGGUGAGAGAAUGGCACCUCAUCAGUUCAGACCUCAAAAUGAUUGUAAAGCCACUAUGUGACAAGAGGGUGUUAAAACUCAAUGGAAAACAGCAGCUGGGAAAACCAGGACUGCUGGAAACAAGAGCCAGGAAUGCCAGCUAUGGAAAUGGUUUGGGACAAUCAUCAUCUGCAUUCUCAGGAACUGAGUGAGCAAAUGGUGUUACUAUCAGAGAAAAGGCCUGGUGUGCAAAGGCAUAUACACACACAUGUGUCAUUCAGACUCAUGCAGCCAGGUGGCCCCUGUUGCCAGUCAAGAGAAGAAGAGGAAGGUGGCAGUGUUAUAACUAAAAUAACACACACUAUGUUUCCCCCAAUCCUUAGUUUCUCAUACUAAUAAGAUACACAUCACUGCACACAAGGAUUUCCCCACUCAAGAAGCAGGCAUAAGAGCUAGCGGGGAGGGGAGGUUCUGGAAAACAGUGUCAAGUUUUAUCAAGGCUAGCUCGCAUCCAGAAUGUAGCUUUAAUAGAGCAUCUCAUUUUAUUUUUAAAAAGAUGUAGUCCCCAGCAGCAUGGGGGAAAUUCUUUUAGUUCCUCCUGUGAGCAGUAGUACACACACGCCUGAAUAAUGACACCACAGGGGAGAAACUUGCCAUGGCCUGGGCGAUUCCAUCACCCCACCCGCACCCCAGAUAAAUGUUAUCGUCCUUGCUAGUGGUAACUAGUUUAGUCCCUUGUCAGAUUAUGUGGAGAGAGACAGCAGAGCACCUGCAGGGAUGUCUUCUCAGCUAAUCCCCUCCUCAACCUGGCCUGACACCUGCACCUGUUCGGCUCCCCCCAGCAUUAGUGCUCAAACAGGAUUAAGUCCACCCUGCAAAUUGCACAAGGUUUGGAAGUCUCUCCCUAUGACAAGGCAUAGGCCUGAGAGUAGAUGAAUAUACUGAGUGAGCCACAGAUGUGAUCCGGUCCCAGGCCAUUAUGAGGAAAGGCUACAACACUGAUGUCUUUUUGACAUUUCAAGUCAAAACGGAAGCUGGCCAGCUUGUGCGAGUCUAUACAGUGGUACCUCGCAAGACGAAUGCCUCGCAAGACAAAAAACUCACUAGACGAAAGGGGUUUUUGUUUUUUGAGCUGCUUCGC